AUGAUGCACUGUGUGUUCUUCGGCUUCCUCUUGAACGUUGCUUUUUAUUUUUUCACCAAACAUGAAUGCAAGGCAAGUGAGUUUAGCAUGCCAGGGGACUAUAAACUCGGAGGACUUUUUAGUGUGCAUUCAGCCACGGGCAUUGUGGUUCCAGAAUCUCCUAUGGCAAUAGAGUGCUACAAGGAGUCAUUUGUAGUGUUACCUUACCAGAUGCUUCAGGUGAUGCGUUUUACUGUGGAGGAGAUUAAUAACUCCACCACCAUUCUGCCUAACAUUACUCUUGGAUAUGAGAUCUUUGACUAUUGCUUAAACACUCAGAGUUUUCCUUCAGUCCUCUAUUUCAUCUCAGACAACGGACGGAUAAACUUGUCAGCCAAAGAUCACAAAUAUAAUGUUAUUGGUCUUGUGGGUCCAUAUGCAAGCUCACAAUCUUUGACUGUUGCACCUUUAUUCAUGAUGGACCUCGUCCCAAUGGUUAGCUAUGGAUCCUCCAGCAAUGUUCUAAGCAAUAAGUGGGUAUAUCCGAGUUUUAUGAGGACUGUACCAACCAACCAAGAUAUAAUUACGGUCAUAAUUAAGCUCAUUCAGCGAUUUGGAUGGAAUUGGGUAGCGUUCAUUAAUGACACUGACGCAUACAGUCGAAACGGUCUUGAAUUAUUUCGCAGUAACAUCAAAGGCACCAGCAUCUGCUUGGCCCUUUUCUCUGAAAUUACGCAUACAUCCGAUGAUUCCAACGUACUCAGCAAGAUAGACUCACUCAGUAUCAACAUUGUCAUAAUCUUCACACACCAAUACACUGCCAGUAAAUUUAUCAAAACAGCCAUCAGAAUGAAUAUUAGAGACAAAGUUUGGAUAGCAGGUGAUGCAUGGGCUAUGGAUGAACAACUUGUCAGUUCCCCAGGCAUUGAGCAAAUCGGGACUAUUUUCGGUGUCACAACAUCAACUCUGAGUUUACCUGGAUUUGAAGACUAUGUCCACCAAACACGGCUCAGUAGUCAAAACGAUGAUUGUGUGAAUUGUACAGAUGGAGAGAUGUGCAAUCAAGUUUGCGAAAGAUGCUCAAGCCUGACCGCAGAGGAUAUUAUAAACCAAGACCCUACAUACUCGUUCUCCAUCAAGGCAGCUAUUUACACCUUUGCCAAUGCACUCCAUAAUCUGCUCAAUUGCAGCAUGGCAGGGUGUGAUACACCUCGAGACAUCCCACCUUAUGUGCUUCUGAAUUACAUGAGAAAGUCGACCUUCAUGUUACAAAACCAGUUAUAUAAAUUUGACCAAUAUGGAGAUCCACCAGCCAAUCUUGCUGUAGUACUCUGGAGACCGAAAAAAAAUCCACUAUUUGUAAUGGCUGCUUCAUAUGAAUCAUCCCCAAAGAUUCAGUUUAUCGUGAACACUCACAUUAUUCCCUGGUCUGAAAAUGGCACAGUGCCCUAUUCUAAUUGUUCAGUUGAAUGUGAAACUGGGUAUAAAAGAAUACAAACUUCAAUACAUCAGUGCUGUUUUCAGUGUGAGAAAUGCAAGGCCCAUACAUACAUCAACACCACAGCGGAUGCUUACACUUGUGCUCCAUGUGAAGAGGGUUACUGGUCUGAUGAAAAAAGCAUAAUCUGCAAAAAGCGCACUAUUGUCUAUCUUCAGCUGUCGGACCCUCUGUGCAUCCUAUUCUUGAUAUGCGCUGUGGCCCUCAUUGCUCUCUCCAUUGGACUCAUACUCCUUUUUGGCAUCAACUACAACACUCCAGUAGUAAAGUCUGCUGGUGGUAAUAUGUGCUUCCUUAUGUUGUUUUGUUUGGUUCUGGCCAACAUUGGGGUGUUCUUUUACUUUGGAGUGCCAAACCCAGUGAACUGUGCUUUAAGGAAUGUCUUUUUCAUAUUUUUCUACACUAUUUGCCUUUCCUGUAUGGGUGUACGUUCCUUUCAAAUUGUUUGUGUCUUCAAAAUGGCUGCCCAGUUUCCAGAUGUCUACCACUGGUGGAUGAAGAACAAUGGCCAGUGGCUAUGUAUUAAUGUUUACUCUUUUAUACAGCUUGUUGCUUGUGGGAUUUGGCUUCUAACUGGAAGACCCAAACCCUACAACGACAGUACGUCUUUUAAAGAUCAGACUAUUUUGACAUGCGAUAUGGGUUCAAUGGUCACUUCCACCUUGGCUUGGGCUUGUCUUUGGAUCCUUAGUGUAGUCUGUUUUUCUUUGUCCUACAUGGGUAAAGAUCUUCCGAAAAGCUACAAUGAAGCAAAGUCCAUCACGUUUAGCUUGCUUGUAUUUUACCUGGGCUGGAUUGCAUAUUUCACAGCAUACAUUGUGUUCAGAGGAGCUUACAUACAGCUUUUUAAUGCAGUAGCACAGCUGUCCAGUUCAUAUGGAAUUAUUUUUAGUUUCUAUAUGCCAAGGGCCUACAUCAUUAUUUUCCAACCAAAAAAGAACACUCAGGCAUACUUUCAGUCAUCAAUCCAGACAUAUACACAGACUAUUAGCAGAAUGUAGAUUUAUUUAAAUCACAUAGGAGAUGGAUGUAUAUGCAAAUACAGGUCCUCAUCCAUAGUGGCAUCCAUAGAACAAGAACAAACCUCAACAAAAGGCAGGAACCUAGGAAUAUUAAGAAAUGCCAAGGAAAUAGCUGUGAAAUGCAUAGUCAAGAGAACAUUCAUAUUUAAGGGAUAUACUGAAUGAAUGAAUGAAUGAAUGAACCCUUUAUUGUCACUGUUACCAGUGAAAUUGACCAUCAACCUGUCCUUACAGAGGGGGAACAGGACAGGAAGACAGGGAUAAAAGAAAAAGAAACACAGUAGUAACAUGAGGAAAGAUAAAGAAAAAAGAACA